AUGAUACCACACAUUGAUAUCCAAGGCAAUAUUGCCCAGCCCGGAGCUACUCAAAUAAACAACGUUAUUCCUCUGCCGUACAACACCAUCAACGACAUCGAUCGAUCAUGUCUCCGCGCUUUGCGAUGCCCUGAUACAUUGGUUGUCAAAAACCGGUUGAUAGAGAACAAGGACAAGCUUCUUCCCCAAUCAAUUGAAUGGAUUCGUGAAAACCUUCACUAUAAGCGUUGGCAAACUGAAGACGAUGUUGGUCUUCUUUGGAUUAAGGGCGGCCCUGGCAAAGGGAAGACCAUGACGUCAAUCGGUCUUAUCGAGCAGUUUUUACAAUCACAAGACGAUUCUACUGCAGUGACUUAUUUCUUCUGUCAAAAUGCCGACUAUGAACUUAACACCCUUGCAGCGAUUAUCAAGGGGCUGAUUCUGCAUCUGGUACAUCAACAAAAUGAGCCCAAAGAAUCUCUCCGACGCCGCUGGGAUACUGUGAACGGUCGCUUCGAGCAGGACGUUACCUCAUGGCGAGCACUUUGGGACAUAUUCAUGGAGAUGCUAUAUAAUUGCAAGUGCCCGAGAGUGUAUGUGAUUGUAGAUGCCCUUGACGAGUGCCGGGAUGAAAGCAUGACCGAUUUUCUAAAGCUUCUUGUCCGAACGGGACUUAAUCAUCCCUCUAAGGUCAAAUGGGUAUUAACAAGUCGAGCGCUAGGCAGCGCGGAAGGGGAAUUGUUAAUUGGACAUGACCUGGUGCAAGUCAGUCUGGAUGACAACUUUAAACAAACUUCUAAAGCUAUAACGACUUACAUCGCCUUCAAAGUGGGUGAGCUCACUCAUCGCCACGGAUACGGGACAACACUGCAGGAGAAGAUAAAGCGUCAGCUAACUGAAAAGGCCGAAGGCACGUAUUUGUGGAUUUGCCGCAAGACCUGCAUGAUUUUUAUAAUCGAAUGCUCAAUCAGCUCAACGACGGUGAGCCGGCUGAUGUAA